AUGACAAGCACAAAGUUGGAUGUUACUGUAGUGGCUAAAAAAAAUGAGGAAACCAUUGACAUUAUCAUGUUGGGAAUGCUGGCUUGGAUGGAGAACUUCCUUGUUGAAAUACGAGUCCUUUUAGGAGGCCAUUAUGGCAUCUGCUUUGAGGCCAUGGAGGCCAGUUUUUCGGGUUGUCUAAAUCAUCUCAGUGGAAACAAGAACAAUAAUGUGAAAAAGUUGCAGUAGUAAUUUGUUCUCGACUUCUUGUGGCCGACCAACUGUAGUACUCUCUUGGGUUAUGGAAAUGUAAUUUUUUUAAAUGCUUUUGAUUUACAUGUCUUCUUCUCAAUACUGACAAAAGCUCGUCUUCUGCA